UGUAUGGACCCAUUGUACACAGCAGGGCGUGCAAGUACCAAAGACUUAAGUUUCUGUUAAAAAUCGCGAUAUUUUUCAGUUUCUUGUUUAUUAUAACACCUUUCUAAAACUAUAAUCAAGUUGCUUUGUAAUGGCGUGUGCUCUGGUCGGUGGUUCCGGGCUGAGAGUCCCACUUGAAGACGGUAGAGCAGUAAUCUUGGGUCGGGGUCCAGACACCGGAGUCACGGAUAAGAAAUGCUCAAGGCACCAGGUUAAGGCAGUGGCUUGUUUUGCGGAAAAGUCUGUCGUUAUUACACAGCUUGGGCCCAACCCUAGUUAUCUGGAGAAUGAAAAGCUGUCUCGAGGGCAAUCAGGGAAGCUGACUCACGGAGGAGUUUUAUAUUUGGUGAACCAGAACCACCCAUUUAAACUGCUUUACUCUGAAAACUCCAAUGGAACCUCUUCUGGUGUAAAACACACCGGACUUAAAGCAAAAGACAAAACUAAAGGAGCUGAAAAAGAGAGUCAUCAACCAAAGAGGAGUAUAAAGGAUUUCUUUCCUGCUUCUCCGAUAAAGUCUUCAAAACGAUCACUGAGCCCAGAGAAAGACCAGCCUGAAGUGAAGCGUCUCAAAUUGGACAGAGGAGCUCCAGAGGAAGAUUAUGAUGAAGAGGAGAAGAUGGCGGAAGAGCGGCUGAAGGAGCUGCAAAAACUGGCAGCACGUUCUGUGUCUGACACCAGUAACUCUAAUCAGACUUCGAUGGCCUCAUCAUUGUCCUCAGAGGGAUGUGCCCAGAGCAACUGGCAACAGAUCAACAAUUUAAUGGUUUACACAGCGGCUGGAGUCAAAGCCAGUGACAAGGUUGCUGGUUUCGACAUCGAUGGCUGCAUCAUCACCACUAAGUCUGGAAAAGUGUUUCCCACAGCACCAGACGACUGGAGAAUUCUGUAUCCUGAGAUCCAACCCAGACUUGCUAGUUUGCUCAAGAAAGGAUACAAGGUUGUAUUUUUCACUAACCAACUGGGAAUCGCUAAAGGCAAACUGAGACCAGAGGUGUUCAAGUCGAAAGUGGAGGACAUUCUUGCGACACUAAAGCUGCCAGUUCAGGUUUUUGUAGCGAGUGGUCCUGGCAUAUACAGGAAGCCAGUGGUGGGAAUGUGGACCCAUUUGUGUGAGAAGGCUAAUGAAAGCAUUCCUGUUGACAAGGCACAGAGUUUCUAUGUUGGGGACGCUGCAGGAAGGCCAGAAAACUGGGCUCCUGGGAAAAAGAAGAAGGAUUUCUCCUGUAGCGACAGAUGUUUUGCCCUCAACAUUGGACUACAGUUCCACACUCCUGAGGAGUACUUUCUAGGAUGGAAGAGCGCCCCCUACAAUCUGCCUGAGUUUGACCCUAGAAAGCUUAACUAUAACGCCAGACUGUACGACCCACCAUCAGCCUCUCUCAUCUCAGACAAAACAGAAGUUAUUGUUGCUGUGGGUUACCCUGCAUCUGGAAAAUCAACAUUCUUUCACUCUCAUGUUAUUCCAAAGGGCUACGUGUAUGUAAACAGAGACACAUUGGGGUCGUGGCAGAGUUGUGUUGCAGCCUGUGAGCGUGCGCUGAAAGAAGGACGCAGCGUUGCGGUGGACAACACCAACCCAGACCCAGAGUCACGGAAACGUUAUUUGGACGUGGCGAAAGCUGCAGGAGUGCAGAGUCGCUGUUUCCAAUUCACUGCGAGUCUGGAGCUGGCCAAACACAACAACAGGUUUCGAGAAAUGACACCAUCAGAAAACAAACAUCUCAAGGUCAACGAUAUGGUUUUCUACAGUUACAAGAAACACUUUGUGGCUCCUACGCUUUCAGAGGGAUUUUCUGAGAUACUUCAAUUCCACUUUGUGCCUAAUUUCAAAGACAGCCAAUCAGAAGCCCUGUUCAGGCAGUUCUCCGAAGGGUAAAUGGAUAGAAAAUAAAUGAUGUUUUCAACACAAGAGGCUAGAGAUAGAAAGAGUCAACAAAAUAAAUCUAAGUUCAUGUAUUUAACAAUAAGCAACACUAAGAAAGAAAGCACUGCUGUCAGACCUUUAUUUCUUAACCUUUGCUUUUCAUGUGUCAAAUGUAUUACAGUUUAACAUUAAAAAUGAUCAUCAGAAUAAAUGGCCUGUUAUUGGGAUGAUUUGAAAAGAAUAAAAAGCUAUUUUGUGUCA